AAUUUGUUUGAAACAAUGAACGGGCCCAUAUUUCUAGGCCCGUUCGUUUCCGCUGGCCUCGGCCGAACAGCCCUCCGACUGGGCUAUAUCCGUUCUCCCGGCGUGCUCCGUUCGUCUCCUCUCUCAGCGCGACGACUACCUCGCUACAGCCGACGCCGCCGUCGCCGCCCUACGGCCCAGAUCUUCGUCGGUCUCUUCUCCGGCAACGAGCACCCGAAGAUGGUGGUCCUGCAACCAGAUCGGUUCCUGAGCGAUCUGACGAGCAUGUACGAGCGGAGCACGGAGAAGGGAUCCGUGUGGGUCACCAUGAAGCGAUCGACUCUGAAGAGCAAGGCACAGUUGCAGAAGAUGGAGAAGAAGGGGCAGGAGGUUGAGCACAGGUGCCUCGUCCGCGCCUCUGAUGGCAAGAAGAGCAUCUCUACCUCGGUCUCUCUAAAGGAGUACGCAAAGUUCCAAGCUUCAUACGCAACAGUCCUUAAGGCCCAUAUGCAUGCUCUGAAGAAAAGGGAGAGGAAAGACAAGAAGAAGGCUGCAGAUGCUGAGAAGGCAGUUGAGACCGCACCCAAGAAGCAGCAGAAGAAAGCAUCUUCAAAGAAAUCUUCGGGGUCCAAGUCAUAAGACGCUCGCAGAACUCACUGUGUGUCUACUGCUAGACUAAUCAGAGUGUCGUGAAGUUUUUCGUAUCUGGUUUUUAUCCAAAUUCGUGUCUGGGAGAUGAAAGCCUGUGAAUACACCUAUAUAGAGCCGUGCCAUCGAUACUAGCAUUUUUGAACCAGAGUUUUGAGGUGAAUGUGAGGCGCUGUGGUGUCCUGAUUGACAUUAACGAAGAUACAUAAGUUUUGAACUUUUAGGUGCUGUUUGGUUGCAUAUAAAGGUAAAGGCCUUCUGAACUUUUAGUGCUGUUUGGUA